UGCAAUUUCCAAGUGUCGGCAAAAUGGGGAACGGGUCGAGAUUAUGACGACGUCGUGUAAAAACCGAAAAGCGAUUCUGACGUCUGAGUCUCCACUCCACGUGUAAUUGGAUCCGUUCCAUUUCCUUUCUUCAUUUCUGAUUUCUUCCCCGUAAACCUCUGUCGCUACAGAUUGAAGCUCCUUAUAUGCCAUAGACAAAAUCACAAUUUGCAACUUUGUUGAGAGAAGCGUGAUUGAUUUGAUUCUUCACUGUGCCAGUAAUGAAGUCCCUUGCAGUUGCAAACUCCUCCUCUUUCGCCGUUGUUCAUCAUCCGCGAUCCAGAUCCUCUCCUCGUGUUUCCUAUCUCCGACCUGAAAUUCGCUUCUCCCUCCAUCGCCGGACCGAUCAACUUCCUAAACUCCGAUUCUUGAAGCUGCUGCAAAUCAAUGGCACCGCUCCGAUUCGUGCUUCCAAUGCAAAGGUAGAGUUGGACACUGCUGACCUGCCAGUUCAACAAACGAAUGAAAUGAAGAUUGCCCAUGUCAAGUUUCAAUUACAAAGAAAAUGUCAGUACGGUGAACAGUUUUUCAUUGUUGGGAAUGAUCCUCUGUUUGGUUCCUGGGACCCUUCAGAAGCAAUACCAAUGGCCUGGUCAGAUCACCAUAUCUGGACUGCUGAAACAGAUAUAAUUGCUGGAAAAACGAUCCAAUAUAAGUUCAUAUUGAAAGAGAGAAAGGGGAAUGUUAUUUGGCAGCCAGGGUCAGAUAGAUUCAUCCAAACCUGGGAAACUGUAAACGAUAUAUCUGUCUUUGAGGAUUGGGACAAUGCCGGACUCCAGAAGAUAUCCGAGGAACAGCAACAUCAACACUCAAAUGAGGAAUCCCAGCAGGAGGAGAAGCCAUCGAUAUCUUCUUCCUCAAUGAAUACAGAUUGUAAAGAUGAGCAAUCAGAAGCUGAUAGAACCACACGGAUUGAUCUCAAUGGAAAGGCUACUUCAAUCAAGAAUCAGGAAUCAGAAGUUGGGGAUAAUGAUCUGUUUGAAUUUUGAUGUUGAAGAUGGUUCAGUUCUUGCCCCUGGCUUUGCACCACCAGUCUUGCCAGAUGAAGAAUCUAAUUCAGGUGAAGACAUUUGAUUAUGUUUGGCCAAAAUAACAAAAACAGAAACAAGUUUAUUCCGAUUUCCCUAUCUUCUUCAAGCCUACUCUCUCUGGAAGAACUUUUUUUUUUUUGGCCUUUUGGGUUAAAAGCACGAUAAUAAAUCUUGAAGCUUCUUCGCUAAUUUCAUCUGUAUGAGCACAUUUUCUUUUCAAUGAACCGAUCUGGGUUCAUC